AAGGGGAUCACAGAUGUCACGGCGCACUUCACAGCGGUUCAUUUGCAAAUGUAGGCUGCAGCAUAUAUCUGUUAAAAAUUACUACGUAAGCCUCGAAGAGCAGUGUUUCGCUUAAUUGAUUAGCGGGAGAAUGACGAGUGCAGUAAAACUAGCUGCUUUAGGGGGACAGGUAUCAACGCUGUCUCGAUUUCGUGGUGCUCUAGUUGGUGCCGUUCUGGGAGAUUGUAUAGGCGGCGAAUUUGAAGGAGCUGAAGAUGUCCCUUUUGAUCGGGUUCUUCAGCAUCUUAGUGGACUUGAGGAUGACACACGAGGUGAUGGUCAUCUAAAUUUUGUUUAUACCAUUGGAGUGUCCGAAUGUAUACUGCAGUAUAGUGAUGACACAGCCAUGAUGCGCUGUGUUUCCCAUUCACUUCUGACCAGGACAGGAUUUGACGAGCAAGACAUGGCUCGCAGAUUUGCAAAGGAGUAUAGCCUUGCUCCAGGUCGUGGCUAUGGAUCAGGAGUCGUCCAGGUUCUGCGGAAACUUGCCUCGCCUCAACUUAGUGAUGUGUUUCAGCCAGCACAAGCUCAGUUUGGUGGGCGCGGGUCAUUCGGGAAUGGUGGGGCAAUGAGAGCUGCACCCUUUGCCCUUGCCUUUAAAAAUGCUGCUGACGUACGGAGGUACUCAAGGCUAGGUGCUAUGCUCACCCACUCUUGCUCUCUGGGCUACAACGGUGCUGUGCUGCAGGCCCUUGCUGUCCACCUGUCUCUGCAGGGCACUCUGGCCUUACCACAGGAAUUCAUCAACAAACUCAUCUCCGAGAUGGAGGCAGUAGAAAAAGAUGAGACAGCCCAGCGUGACUCUAAAGCGCUUAAUUUAGCAGAGUUUCCAUAUUGUGCACGCUUACACAAAGUCAAGGAGCUUAUGGAGCGGAACGGUGCAAGCAUUGAGGAGGUCAUAUCAGAACUGGGGAAUGGCAUUGCUGCCCUGGAGUCUGUCCCCACAGCCAUCUUCUGCGUGUUGCAUUGCUUGGAGGCACGGGAAGGCCUGCCAGAGCACUAUGGUGGCCUGGAGAGGACAAUAGCCUACAGCUUGGCCCUGGGAGGGGACACAGACACCAUUGCAUGUAUGGCAGGUGCCAUUGCAGGGGCCCACUAUGGCAUUCUUGCCAUUCCCCAAAGCUGGCAGAGGAGCUGUGAGGGAGCAGAGGAAGCCGACCAGCUGGCUGAGCGCCUGUACAAACUGUACCACCUCGAACGGCCAGAGGAUGGCAUGACCAUGAGCGACAGCAAUCAGCCACACUCACAUGGCAGUAGUCAGCAUCCACCAAAUUCUGACUGACCCACCAUAUUAGUACACAUACACAAAGAAACGCACCCUUUCAUGCUCAAGCACACUGCAGUAGUUUGGCGCCUAGUGUCAUACACACACAGCUGACAUAGAGCAGACCUUUCUCAAAAGGCUAAAACAUUGUGUCAUAUGUCUUAUAUUGUGGAAAACUGUUUACAAUAAAAUAACAAAAGCACUUCCAUCUUAA